GAGGUCAGGCACCCACGGUCGCUCAACUUCGCGACUGAGCGCCAGGUUGUGGUGCUGCGGGAGGUGCAUGGCUGCGCGUGGGAGGACAUCCGUUCCCGGGUGCGGAACUUGCGCGGGGAGCGGCCCAGUCUGUCGCUCCUGAAGCGAGUCUACAAGGGCUUCAGCCAGGCAAAGGGGCGGCGACCGUACAAGUACCAGAACUGCGGUCGCCGACCCGUCAAAGCUACCAAGGCCGUGCAGAAGUUCCUGGUGCAGCGCUUGCUCGCCCUGCGCAUGCACUGUGUCUGCACCUCUGGCACCUUGCAGCGAGAACUGCUCGCGAAGCGGGGUGUGCAGCUGGAUGAGUCGGCCAUCCGCAAGGCACUGCGUCGCCAGGGAUACUUCUGGCUUCCGAAAGCGCAGAAGCGCAAGUACAGUGCAGAACGCCGGCAGGAGCGCCUCCGCUUUGCACGGAGCGUGGUGCAGCUCAGUCGGGCCCGCCUGCGAGAGAAGCUUUCCUUCUCCAUGGAUGGGGUCCUGCUGUCGCUACCGCUGGAAUGCGCCUUCCACAAAGCACGCAAGUUCACUGCAGAGGAGUGGUGCCGCGUGGUCCAGACCGGGAAGCUCCAGGCCGCCAUAACAGCGCUGCAGCCAGUGCGGCGACACGGCCCCUGGAAGGUCUUGUGCGACAAUGAGGCCUUCCUGCACACGGCCGCCAGCAGGCAUGCCAUGGCGGCCGAAAACAUCACGCUCUGGCCGGUCCCGGCAUCAUCGCCGGACCUGAACCCUGUGGAGAAGUUCUGGGCGUGGCUGCGAAGGCGCCUCCGCCACCUGGAUCGGGAAGACCUCCGCCGCAAGCGCCCGCCCAUCGGCAUGCUGGCCUUCAAGGCGCGCGUCCGCGCGGUUUUGGCUUCACAGCGUGCCCAAAGGGUGGCCUCGCACAUAGCCGCGGGCUUCAAAAAGACCUGCAAGGAGGUCGUGGCCAAGAAGGGCGGCAUGGCCAGAUCCUAG